UUAAAGGCCAUAUAUACAUUCAAAAGAAUCUUUACACAACAGUUUUAUAAUCCUAUAUUUAUAGUGGAAGAAGUAGCAUGUUCAUCGGAAAGCCUCACUGUCAUGCUGAAGAGAACAGAUCCUGAUAUUGCACGUUGGAUGAGUGAUCCAAAAUCUCAACCAGUGGUGUAUGUGUACGGUCACAAAACGCUUGUGCCAUGUGGAACAUCGUUGAAGAAUGAUAAAGGACAACAAAAUUUCAAUUUAACUAUACCUUACGGAAAGCACUGUGAUGUUCACCUUGCUGAUUUGGAACCGAACUAUCGAACAGCGGAAACUACGAUAGCACUCGAGGACAAUGUGGAUACCAGUAUAACCAAAGUUGUUCGAAUCAACCAUGUAUUUUGUCUAUAUACUAGAAGUGUUCAGACAAUACGAUACAGUGACGUGUCCUCAGCGCAUGAAGUAUUGGCAUCAACAGGUGGUAAACCGAAGCCCAAAGUGGAAAUGAUGUUUCGAAGUACUGAUGGAAGACCGUUACGCACUGCGAAAUUUGGUGACACCGUCGAAUUCUAUGUUGCUCUAACGCCUGAUAAAGCCUAUCACGGUAUUUCUCCGAAAGAAUGCAUGUUCAGUGAUCGUGAAGAUAUGCUCUCACCUGACGCUCGACAUCUGACAUUUGUUCAGAGCAGUUGUCCCGUACAAGAACUGUCUGAAAUUAUUGAUCCGUUAGCAAACGUCAAUGAAGAAGUGUAUUUCUCAAAGUUCAAAACUUUUCGUUUCGGAAAUCAGAGUACUGUAUUUGCACAAUGCACUGUCCAAGUGUGUCUGGACGGUUCGGAAUGCAGCUGUUUCAAACGUAUUUCGAACUCAAAUUUAACGGCAGAACGUUUACGAUUCCGACAUAAAAGAGCACCGACUCCAUUGUACAACAAGGAGGACCUCGUUGAGCAAGUUUCGGUGAGGGAGUCUCUAACAAUUCUUGAUGAAAUGGAAACAGAGGAAGGUUCGUCUUCAUUUUUUCCUCUUCUAAUUUUCAUACGUCCUUCUUUUCCCGGCUGCGUUUUAAAAUAUUCUAAGCGCUUUUUGAUUCCACAUCCGCUAAUGCUUUGCAUAGUUUUUCUCAUAGUUCUUUGUAUUGCAUCCAUAACCGUCGCUAUUUAUCUCGGUUACCGAUUAAAUUUUGAAGCAUUGCCUAGAAUGAUGAAAAAGUGA